AUGACGACUGCGAGUGGAUUAGAUAUGUCUCUCGACGACAUGAUCGCCAAGAACCGCAAGUCCCGUGGAUCUGGCCCCUCCCGUGGAGCUGGAUCCGGAUCCGGACCGGGUCCAACUCGCCGCAACAACCCUAAUCGGAAAUCCAACCGAUCUGCUCCAUAUCAAUCCGCCAAGGCGCCGGAGUCCACCUGGGGACACGACAUGUACUCCGAUAGGUCAGAAGAUUUCCCUUCCCGAUCCAGCCGUUCUUCCGCCGGAAUCGAAACUGGGACGAAGCUCUACAUAUCCAAUUUGGAUUACGGGGUCAUGAACGAAGACAUCAAGGAACUGUUUGCUGAAGUCGGGGAACUUAAACGCUACACAGUCCAUUUUGACAGGAGUGGAAGAUCAAAGGGAACUGCUGAAGUAGUGUUCUCUCGGCGUGGCGAUGCACUCGCAGCUGUGAAGAAGUACAACGACGUUCAGCUGGAUGGAAAACCCAUGAAGAUAGAGAUUGUGGGCACCAAUCUUCAAACCGCCCCGUCUGCUAGACCCGGAAAUGCAAACUCCAAUGGUGGUUCUAGACGGUAA